GGCUGCACGUCAAGGUUCUCCUCACCCCUCCCCUCUCCCUGACUAGGCUUCUUGGGCCCAGUGCUUUCGUGAACCUGGGCUAGCUGCUCCUGCACUGACCGUUUUAUGCUUGUCUAGCACGUCGUUCCCCAGGUGAUUUCAAAGUACCUUGUUGACGCGGUCGGGCGCAAAUUCUCUUGGUUUAGUGGGCCCGACCGCCUUCACUUUCCAGGAGCUCUCUGGAGUCAGUGAAUGGAGAAUUCUCCCUAAGGUCAGCGUUUAAUUGAUUGCCUCGCUCGGGCUGCUAUAGUAUUCCAGGCAUCGAUCCUACUAUUAAAAUUUCCUGGAGAUUGCCAGGAUGUCGAAUAUCAGCCUUCACAAGCUGCCUCGAGUCACGGAAUUGAGUGGGAGGCAGGCUCUCCGCCCUCGACUGUUUUGCCAGCAAGAUUUGGAAGCUGAGUACCGCCACUGGAAACCUGGAGAGUGAUGGGCGGUGAGGGCAAACGUUGUGUGUGUUUCUCUUCUCAUUGGAUGGCUGCUCUGUCAGUCGUACUGUGCUCUACUCCCAUUGGCGGGAAUGCUCCAGGUAGGUAGCGUGGACACGAUGCUGCCCCCUCCCAAGCUGCGAUCAAAGCGCGUGACGUCUCAGACAUUUGUUGUUGGGGUUUGGGCCUCAUUAAUUAUUCAUUAGGUACUUGAAAGCGCUGCAGCGAUUGGUGGCUGAGUGGCCCGGUCGAUUGUUUCUUAGCUAGAGAUACGUCUCAUCCUCUACUGGCUGAAGAAGUUUCGCAUAAAUUAUUCUGAUAAGGCUAGGGGCGGGGUCUCGCAUGUAUUAGGCAAAUGAGCUGCGAUGGGAGGGGAGGCCGACUACGAAUUAGCCUAAGUUAUUAAAGAUGGCGGCGGAGCGGAGUCGCUCCCCGAUGGACUCGCCGGUCCCGGCCUCUAUGUUCGCCCCCGAGCCUAGCUCUCCAGGGGCGGCCAAGGCCGCGGCGGCGGCUGCCCGGCUCCACGGCGGCUUCGACUCGGACUGCAGCGAGGACGGCGAGGCGCUCAACGGCGAGCCGGAGCUAGACCUCACUAGCAAGCUGGUUCUAGUGAGCCCUACAUCAGAGCAGUAUGACAGCCUGCUUCGGCAAAUGUGGGAGAGGAUGGACGAGGGAUGCGGAGAGACCAUAUAUGUCAUUGGGCAGGGAUCAGACGGGACCGAGUACGGGCUGAGCGAAGCUGACAUGGAGGCCUCCUACGCCACAGUGAAGAGCAUGGCGGAGCAGAUAGAGGCUGAUGUCAUCCUCCUGCGGGAACGGCAAGAAGCUGGGGGCCGCGUGCGUGAUUACCUGGUCCGGAAACGAGUAGGAGACAAUGACUUCCUGGAAGUCAGGGUAGCAGUAGUGGGCAACGUGGAUGCCGGCAAAAGCACACUUCUGGGGGUCCUGACGCAUGGGGAGCUGGACAAUGGCCGAGGCUUUGCCCGCCAGAAACUCUUCCGCCACAAACAUGAAAUCGAAUCUGGUCGCACCAGCAGUGUGGGCAACGACAUUCUAGGCUUUGACAGUGAAGGCAACGUGGUGAACAAGCCAGACAGCCAUGGUGGCAGCCUGGAGUGGACAAAGAUCUGUGAGAAGUCCACGAAGGUGAUUACCUUCAUCGACUUGGCUGGCCACGAGAAGUACCUGAAGACCACCGUCUUUGGCAUGACGGGCCACUUGCCUGACUUCUGCAUGCUCAUGGUGGGCAGCAAUGCUGGCAUCGUUGGGAUGACCAAGGAGCACCUGGGCUUGGCAUUGGCACUCAACGUGCCUGUCUUUGUGGUGGUCACCAAGAUUGACAUGUGCCCUGCUAACAUCCUGCAAGAAACCCUGAAGCUGUUACAGCGCUUGCUGAAGUCACCAGGCUGCCGGAAGAUCCCUGUGUUGGUGCAGAGCAAGGAUGAUGUGAUUGUUACAGCUUCUAACUUCAGCUCUGAGAGGAUGUGCCCGAUAUUCCAGAUCUCCAACGUCACAGGCGAGAACCUAGACCUGCUGAAGAUGUUCCUCAACCUCCUCUCCCCUCGCACCAGCUACCGGGAGGAAGAGCCGGCUGAGUUUCAGAUUGAUGACACCUACUCUGUCCCAGGUGUGGGAACAGUGGUGUCAGGGACAACACUGAGGGGCCUGAUCAAGCUGAAUGACACACUGCUGCUGGGCCCGGAUCCCUUGGGUAACUUCCUGUCCAUUGCUGUCAAAUCGAUCCAUCGCAAGCGCAUGCCAGUCAAGGAGGUGCGGGGGGGCCAGACGGCCUCGUUCGCACUGAAGAAGAUCAAGCGCUCAUCCAUCCGCAAGGGCAUGGUGAUGGUUUCUCCACGCUUGAAUCCCCAAGCAUCCUGGGAGUUUGAGGCCGAGAUCCUCGUCCUCCACCACCCCACCACCAUUAGCCCACGUUACCAGGCCAUGGUGCACUGUGGGAGCAUCAGGCAGACGGCCACCAUCCUGAGCAUGGAUAAAGACUGUCUGCGCACCGGGGACAAGGCCACCGUGCACUUCCGCUUCAUCAAGACCCCCGAGUACCUGCACAUAGACCAGCGGCUGGUGUUCCGGGAAGGCCGCACCAAGGCUGUGGGCACCAUCACUAAGCUCCUCCAGACCACCAACAACUCCCCAAUGAACUCCAAGCCCCAGCAGAUUAAAAUGCAGUCAACAAAAAAGGGUCCUCUGACCAAACGAGAAGAGGGGGGCUCCUCUGGAGGGCCAGCAGUUGGGGCACCCCCACCUGGAGAUGAAGCUUGCUCUCUCGGGGCUCCGCAGCCAGCUGCAGCCAGCAGUCUCCAGCCACAGCCCAAGCCCAGCAGUGGGGGCCGACGGCGCGGGGGCCAGCGUCACAAGGUGAAGUCCCAGGGGGCCUGCAUGACUCCCGCCAGUGGCUGCUGAGUCUCCCCCAGCCCACCUCCACCACCCAAGGGAUCCUCGUGCCCUGGCCGCCGCUCCGCAAGAUGGGCCAGAGCAACUCUGACCGCCACUCGCCCUCCCCCAGGCCGCAGCUGGAGCCUCGUCAUUCCCCCACCCCCGUUUUCCAGGGGGGGCUGUAAUUUAUAAGCUGAGGAAGGUGGCCAGACUUCUGGAGGACUGACCAUCUCCCAUUCUCUUCCUCACCUUCUUCCUCCCUCACACCUUUUUUGUACAUCUGGGCCCUUAGUUUUUAUUCUUUUUAUUAUAUCUCUCUCUCUACCUAGUGUGUGUGUGGUUGUGUGUGGCAGUGUGUGAGGUGCAGGAGUGCGGCCAGUCAGGGCCCUGGUGGUCUUUCUUCUCUGUGGCUGGGCUCCAGCCCCUAGGAGCUGGCUGUCCGUCCAUCCAUCCGUCUGCGUGUCUCUGUGAGUACCUCUCGGGGCUGUCAGGAGCCCUAGAGCACGCCCCUUCCCUGUGCUCCCUCUCCUCUGCACCGGAGCCCAGCAGGGGGCCCACUUCUGGGACCUGGGUGUUCAGCAGAGUGGAGAGCAGAGGGUCUCCUUUUCUUUCUCCCUCUUGUUCCCCUUAAGCCCCAAGCAGGAAAUGCCGAAAGCUCUUAAGCUGUUACCUGUAGGUGUGCGGAGGGUGUUGGCGAUUGGGUUGUAGGACCCUCCUAACUCUGGCCCUUGCCACUGACCCAAAGACAGCUGGUGGCUUCUUUUGCCUGGAGACAAUCCUUUGUUUGCCUGGCUGGCUGGGUCGACACCUGCUCUGCUGAUUCUGCCGAGUGGGCUCUCGCCCUCCUGCCCCAGGGCCGCCUCCUGCUUGGACUCUGACUCUGAUUCUUGUUGGGCCUCGGGACCGUGAUGACCGGGGCUGGGGUCCACCUGCUCAGGGUCAUGCUCACCAGCACCUCCUGUUGGGGGCGGGGGGGCGGGUGUUCCUCUGAGCCAGGCCAGAACUAGAACCCCUCCUUCCCCGCUGCACCCCGUCAUAUUUGCCCCAGCAUGGCUGCUACGGGCGCACAGCAGUGAAGGGCCUGAGCCCCAAAUUUGUAAGCCCCUAAUUGAGGCACAGGGAGGGCAGGUAGGAGGACUCUCCCAGGCCCAGCUCAGAGUAUUAAGCCCUGUGGAAAAAUCAUUGCCUGGGGUGGAGGUGGCAUUGCCCAGGCCAGAAGUGGCAACACGGGCCCUGAACCAGCCUAGUCUGAGCUGUGGACUAAGGCCCUCGUUUGGGCGGACUGCCGGGCAGAGAUGUGCUCUUUCUCUCGCCUGGGCAGACACCUAGCUGGCCGGGUCCUUCCUCAGCCUCACCUCCCUUCUGUCUCAAUCCUGCUUCUGGACUGCUGGUCCCCUCCUACCCUCUUCUAACUAUUUCUAGUUACCACUGACUUGUGGCCAUGGACCCACCAGACCAGCACACAAAAUAAAAGUUUGUUCCAAGUUGA